CCUUUCGCCUUGGACCACAAAAUCGUAUCCUUUCACAAUCCCCCAGUCAAUCUACAUCCGGCUAAAAGUCCCUCCAUCAUGCUUGACGCGGGAAGCAGCACCCACCAUUGCCCUGUCUGCAAAAAGAGCGCCAAGUCUCGUUGCAUGAACCAAGGUCAUUUGAAAACAUGCGCUGCGUGCGGCAGAGCAUGGUCUCCGUCGUUUGAGACCGAGUGCCCUUACUGUCGAAACGCUAAGGAGAAGGAAGAGCAGCGCAAGGCCAAAGAGUAGAGCGACACUGAUUCUACGGGCCAAUUGGACUGCAGUACAGUUUGCCUGUUUUCCUAAUCAAGAAGUCCAUCUUUAAAUACAUUACCGGCACUGUUAAUCAGGAAAUAAGCCCACCAUCUUGCUAAUGGCCAUGCACAUGCAGCGGCCAAUAUGAUUCAACUUGUAUGCAGAAGUUUUGCUUCGCAACUAAAAUAUACUCUAUAAUCCAG